ACCAUACUUCCGAAAUACAACCAAAAAUAUAUCUCAUGUUCUUGUGUCGUGAAGUUGUAAACUAGUUUUACCAGUCAACUUCAAAGCCCUCGCGCAAAUUCAGAUCACUUCUAUAAACUUUGAUCUCUCUCUCUCUCUCUCUCUCUCUCUCUCUCCAUCUGCCCUUCCGUCCGUCCGCCAUCCAAAUUCUAAAUCUGUGAGCUCUGGGUGAGGUGGGGGUUGGGCAAAAAUGGCGGCAGGAGUGAACAGGAAGAUAUCUGCGGCAUCCGCCAGGGCUCAUACCAGAAAAGUGAAGAAAGGUUCCUCUUUUCAGCUUCCUUCAGGGAUGUACAAGAAAAUACUAGUGAUCUUGUUGAUGGGGUUUCUAGCAUGGGCUUAUCAAGCUAUCCAACCUCCUCCGCCCAAGAUAUGCGGCUCCCCAGAUGGCCCUUCUAUUACAGCACCUAGAAUAAAGCUGACUGAUGGAAGGUAUUUGGCCUACAAAGAGCAUGGUGUUCCAAAAGAAAGAGCCAAGUAUAAAAUUGUCUAUGUCCAUGGCUUUGACUCUUGCAGACACGAUGCUGUUGUUGCAACCACUCUAUCUCCGGAAAUUAUUGAAGACCUAGGUGUUUACAUUGUCUCAUUUGAUCGACCUGGUUAUGGCGAGAGUGAUCCUAAUCCUAAAAGAACAGUGAAGAGCAUGGCAACGGACAUAGAAGAGCUGGCAGAUCAGUUGGGCCUGGGAUCAAAAUUUUACGUGGUAGGCUUUUCUAUGGGUGGACAGGUGCUUUGGAGCUGUCUCAAACACAUCCCUCAUAGACUAGCAGGAGCAACACUAAUAGCUCCAGUUGUCAACUACUGGUGGCCUGGUUUUCCUGCAAACCUGUCUAAAGAAGCCUAUUAUGAACAAUCACGGCAGGACCAAUUGACACUUGCUGUUGCACACUAUGCCCCAUGGCUUACCUACUGGUGGAACACUCAAAAAUGGUUUCCCGCUUCCAGUGUCAUAGCUCAUAGUCCCAAAUUACUUUCUCAAAAUGAUGAAAAACUGAUGUCAAAGAUCAGUGAGAAAAGAAUGCAUACGGCACAGGUAAGACAACAAGGAGAAUUCGAGUCGCUCCAUCGUGACUUGAUAAUUGGAUUUGAUACUUGGGAAUUUGAUCCUAUGAAUCUGGAGAACCCAUUUCCAAACAAUGAAGGUUCAGUCCACCUAUGGCAUGGAGAUGAAGAUGGACUUGUGCCUGUUUCUCUGCAGCGCUACAUUGCUCAACAGCUUCCGUGGAUUCACUAUCAUGAGCUCCCAGGUGCCGGGCACAUGUUUCCGCACGCCGAUGGAAUUUGUGACGCUAUUGUAAAAGCUCUUUUAGUUGGGGAGAACUGAAGGAGCUCUAUACAUUCAUUUGCUCUGAGAAGUCAGUUCAAUCUUAACAUGUGAGCUUGAGCAUUAAUGUGCCAGAGAACCCUUCUCUUGCGUGCUUUGCAUUUCCUUUGUAGCCAACUAAAUUAAUAUUUGUAGUCAUUGAGGUGCAAAUUAUGGUGGCAUUUAAUUAUUGAUUGGAAUCUGAACUGGAAUGUUCGAACCGCGCUGAAUUGGAAACUUUGGAAAUGGAAUUGCAGAUUUUUCCUCUUUUGUAUUUUGCUCAACAAGGAAUCAGAAUGGAAAUUAUGAAGGGCUAUUGGCACUCUGAGGUCUGUUGCAGUGCUAAUGGCGCCUCUUGAAUUAUCUUGUUUCUUUUCUUGGAAGAAAAUUGAAAUUAUAUUGAUUUUGUUUGGUAUAUAUAUAAACACAAGAAUUUGAAUCAGUUUGAUUUACUUAUGUGUAAUAAUAAAUCUUAUUUAAUAGUGCACUACCAUACCAUUUUUGAUAUGAACUA